AUGGAAUCGGCUCGUUCUCUUUACAAGAGUGAUAUUGAUUUCGAGGCGCUCGCAUUGCAGUCGCCCGAUUUCGCCAAACUGCUCAACCCAAAUCGACAAGUGGACUUUAAUGACCCAGCUACCGUCAGACAAUUGACCAUCAGCUUGCUGAAGCGAGACUUUGGUCUCGAAAUCAUACUGCCUCAGGAUCGAUUAUGUCCCCCGGUCCCCAAUAGACUUAAUUAUAUCAUCUGGCUGCAAGACCUUCUCGACUCUACAGCGGGUACAAUCCAAAGAGGGUACAAUCCGGACCGGAAAGUAUUGGGCUUAGAUAUUGGAACAGGCUGCUGUAGCAUCUAUCCCUUACUAGGAUGCAAGACUCGAUCGCAGUGGAAAUUUGCAGCGACUGAUAUUGAUGAGAGCAACAUACGGACGGCGAAGGCGAAUGUUGAACUAAACAACCUUGAGUCACGUAUUCACAUCUUACAUACUGAUCUAAAGGACUCCCUCUUUCCGCUUGAAACACUCGGCCAUGACAGCCUGGACUUCACAAUGUGCAACCCGCCAUUCUAUACCUCUCAUGAGGAAAUGGCCGCAUCCGCUGAGGCGAAAUCGCAUGCCCCAUCCUCAACAUGCACAGGCGCUGAGGUGGAGAUGAUCACUGCUGGUGGAGAAGUUCAGUUUGUUAAACGGAUGAUUGAUGAGAGCCUGCAACUACGUGAUCGGGUGAAGUGGUAUACAUCUAUGCUAGGGAAGCUAAGCAGCGUGACCGCGCUGGUUGACAUCCUCAUGAAACGUGGAAACCACAACUAUGCAGUGACCGAGUUUGUACAGGGCAACAAAACAAAGCGCUGGGCUGUGGCCUGGUCAUGGGGGGACAUGCGACCUGCAAUGAGCAUUGCACGAGGAAUCCCGGGCUUCCCAAAACAUAUGCUGCCUUUCCCCGCGGACUAUGUAUUUGUUCUUCCCCAGGCAAAAACCAUCGAUGCAGCCAAUGCUGCUAUGGAUACUGAGCUAGCCUCCUUGUCCUGGUACUGGACCUGGGAUCAAACUCGGAGUGCUGGCGUCGGGUUUGCACGUGAGAAUGUCUGGUCUCGACAGGCACGUCGGAAGCUCAAGCUUGCUGGGCAGUCUUCAGUGAAAUUAUCGGCUAUGCCAAUGGUGGUGGAAUUGGGAGUUCGAGUUCAGUCGACGCUGGUUCGAGGACAGGAUCAGGAAACACUCCAAGUCCAAGUUUUGAUCAGCUGGAUCCAAGGAACGGACAGUGUGUUGUUCGAGAGUUUCUGUGGGAUGCUGAAGAAGAAAAUAGAGACUUAA